AUGCGUGCAUUUUGUAAUCCUGAAGCCUCACUAUCGAAUAUCACGGAAGAGUUUGCACUUCAAAUGGCUCAUAUGAAGAAUACAUUUACAAUAUUACAGAUAAUAUUUUGUCUUGUUGGAAUUAUGGGUAAUAUUUUAAAUUUACGUACUUUACAAAGUCCAUCACUUCAAACGGUUCCGUUCAUGUAUAUACGUUCAUUGGCAUUUUUUGAUUUGAUUUCUUUAUCUGCUAUUUUAUUGCAUUUUAUGCUAGAAACAGCUACCAAAAAUUAUAUACUAAUGGUAUAUUCAACGUAUGUGGAAGCAGCUUUUAUUAAUACAUUUCUAGUUGCUGGACUCUAUUGUGCGUUUAUGUUAACUGUCGAGAGGUGUCUGCUGAUCUCACGUCCACAUCUUCAACCAGUGUCAAAUCCACGAAAAUUAGCUAGACGAAAAAUUUUAGCCAUGUUAGGUUUGGCGGCAAUACUUCAUUUGCCAAUGAUGCUUCAGAAUACUAUAAAAUUAUAUGAUAAUGGUACAUAUCAUAUGACUAACAACGUGGAACUACUAUGCAGGGAACCUCACUGGACAAUAUUUAAUUACUAUAAAAUGUUACGGGAGUGCUUAAGAUUUUUCUUUGUUGCACUUAUGACAUUACUCAAUGUUAUUAUCGCUCGUAAACUACAAAUAAAUAAGAUGCGUCGACGUCGACUUGUCAGACGUUCCAUACCGUGUGAUUCGAGCUCCCCUGAUCAUCAAUCGAUGAACCGUCCUAGUAGUCCAGAGCCAAGCUUCAACAGCAGCCGGCGCGAGUCAAAUUUAGUUCGAAGCUUCUCCGAGAAGAAGCUCACAGCCCUAAUGGUUGUGAUUUGUAUUAUAUUCAUACUUGGUAAUCUACCUCAAAUGAUUGUUAUGGUGCUCCAGAAUGAGGCUAUGGAUAAUUUAUACGGAUUUCAGUUGUAUCGGAAUAUUGCGAAUCUUCUCGAAGUCGUAAAUCAUUGCCUCAAUUUCUAUGUGUUUUGUAUGGCGAGUAGUGAGUAUACUCGGGCAUUUCUCCUGAAUUGUGUCUGCUUAAGAGAUAUUUUGUUACGAUUUCCACGUGUCGCUGAUUUUCUGGCUGCAAGAAGAAGUGGAAGCGUCGUGUCAUGUAAUAUGUCUGGUAUUGGGAUGCAAAAUAAGGAUUUCUGUAGUGGUGACUCGGAUAAUGAGGGCACAGUGAAGUCGAGUCAUGCAGAGUCGAAUGGUUUGAAGAGCUGCUCCUAUAUUAACGAUAUAAAAGAGAGAACAGAGUUGAAGGGAAUACUGGUUACUGGUGAUCGUCCAGAAGGUCGAGAAAAGAAAAGUCUCACAAUAAUUAAUCAUUUGGCUGUACCAUUAUGUGGAAAUGACAGAGAAGAACAUACCGUACAUCUUUAG